AUGACCAAGAAUGAAAAUAGAGUAAAGGGAAUUGAAUCUACCUCGUCUACUAGUAUCGAUAGCAACAAUAAUCAACAAAACAACAACAAUGAACAAUUAGUACCAAAGAUAUUUAUAGAAUCUAUAGAUGAUCUACAUAUCGAUACAACAAAUACAAUGACAACUACAAAUAAUAGUAACCUAUCACCAACCAAAGAACAAAUAACCAGACCAAGGAGGUCAUCCUCUCCACUUGCUUUCUUGUCAAAGAAGUUUGGUCGAAAGAAAACAACAAAUGGUUGUUUGGAAGAUCAUCAACAUCAUCAUCAACACUCAAAAUCCGAUCCAAAUAGUCCACCAACACCAUCAAAUUCUCCAGUUGAUUUAUAUAUACUUCAACAAUAUAGUAAAGAUAUGAAUGGAAAUAAUAAUAAUAAUAAUAAUAACACUUCAUCAUCUUUACCAAAUAACAAUGUAAAUAAUAAUAAUAAUGUACAACAACAACAACAACAAUCAUUUCAACCAAUAUCAUUAUCACCAAAACAUCGUUCUUCUUCUUCUUCUUCUUCUUCAUCACAUAGAAGAAAUUCAUCAACAUCAUCAUCAUCUUCAUCAUCAACGACAUCAUUUUCACCAACACUUGAAACUUCUGCAUUUACUUUAAUUUCUUCUUUCUCCUCUUUGUCUUCAUCCUCAUCGAUCAAUAUCAAUCAAUUACCACAUACUAUAAUAUUAAAGAUUAUAGGGUAUUUGGCAAACUUGAAAAUGGAUGAAAAGAAUAAUGAAAUUAAAUUGGAUCGAUCAAGACCUGAUUUACCAACAUUAUCAACAUCAACCAAUUCUUCUCCUCCUCUUGUUUCUUCAACCACUUCCAACAACUCUUUAGAUCUAACAUCAAGUACCAAUAAUAAUAAUAAUAUUGGAUCAAUACCAAAUUUAGAAUUAGAGACAUUAUCAAUGACCGACACACAGACUGCCAUUGUCAUGGCACAGGCCAUGCAAAGCAAUCACGAGUGUGCACUCGAAUCACUUGCACUCGAUCGUCUUGGCGAUGCUGGCGGUGCUGCUAUCCUCGAAAGUCUAUGCGAUGCAUCGCAUCCACUUGCUCUAAACGAGUUAUUAUUAACCGAUUCAAAAUUGUCUCUACAAACGGCACAGGCAUUGUCACGUGCUAUAUCUACACCAACAUGUCGGCUUGCCGAUGCCAUAUUCCGAUGCAACCUCAUUGGUUGUGCGCAGAUUGAUAUACCGUCAAAUGGCGGUACGUUGGACGACCAUUUAUUCAAAUCGAUUGCGUUGAAUCAAACGAUUACAAGACUGUCGCUGGCAGACAAUAGAAUCCCCGAUGAAAUGGGAUCACAUCUUGCAAAAGCGUUGCGAGACAAUACUGCCAUUACCUCUCUGUCACUAUCACUCAAUCGAUUGGGCGCCCUGUUUGCAAGCGAGUUGUCAGAGGCACUUGUUUGCAAUCAAACACUUUUAAUGCUCGAUCUAUCAAAUAACCAACUCGACUAUGACUGUGGCCGACAAUUAAUGUCUGGUCUCUUGUCCAACCAUGCACUACGUCUUCUCAACCUCUCACAAAACCCAUUGUCUAGCAAGAUUGGUCAAGUCAUUGCAAGUACUCUUAUCCACAACUCUACACUUACACAAUUGGAGUUAUCCUAUGUCGGACUGGGAACAGAAGGUGCUGUAUCAUUGGCAUCUCAACCUCUACCACUCAUCAAACUCAAUCUAUCUGAAAAUCAAAUACAAGAUCAAGGUGGACUGGCACUUGCCAACUCUUUACAACACAACAAAUACCUUCAAGUCCUCGAUCUAUCAUACAAUAGUUUUACAUAUCGCGUCAAAGAACGUUUUGAAAAACAACAAAACGAUCAACAUAAACAUCUAUCUCAAUUAUCUUUAUCUUCAAUACCUUUAAAUUGGAAAUUUCAAUUAUAA